AUGAAGACCACUGAUCCACGAAUGAAUCGCCAAGAUGCCUACUUGGGCGACAACUUACGGAACAAAAUCGACCAACUUUACCGAGAGGCAGAAGACCUCCAUAAGUCCCAGAAUACAGUGGAACACCUCACAAAUGAUUCGGAUCAUCUGGACCACGACAGUGAUAUGUCGUCAGUUCCUGGGAAUGCUAUCCCCAGAGAUCAGCUGAGCACCGACACGCCAACCAAGCAAUCACGUAUAUCACGUCUGCAUAGUCUCAGUGAAGAUGCCAAGUAUUCUUUCAGCAGCAGAUCAAAUAAUCAUGAUAUUGAGGAAGAUGCUGUUCAGAGCAGUCCUCAAACGGUUGAAGCACACAUAACGGGGUGCAGUAAUCACUCAAUUUACACAAUUACAAGCUCCGGGAAACGAAGCCCGAAUCAGUCGCUUUCGGAGGAAAAAGAGGGCGAGGAUCUUGAUAUGGUUUCCGUUUCCUGCCCAGAGCCAUUGGCCAUCAGGCAUAAUUCAAAAGGCGACGGCAGUAGCACCAGCUCGCAAACAGCUCGACCACCAAGCGUGGAUAUGAAGACCAAGGGUUUGGUACGUACCGAUGAUGCCGGUCCACAGCCUACUGGAGAGGCGAGCACAAAUGUCACAGACGCUGUGUUGAAAGAGCGUUCCGCCAUGACGAGUGCUGAGCCAGAUUUGCCGAGCAUGACUGGUUACAAACGCCACAGGCAAAACACGCAGCUUUGCCCUCGACCACAAACUCCGAGUACUGAGCCAGAUCCUUGGCCAGUACUCAGAAGCAUUGGAAAGUCGCCCCGAUACCAGCCUACCUCUACGUCGAACCCUGUUCCAGGGACUCAAACGCCGCUUCGAAAGGUAUCCAGUAACCCAGGAGGGGUCCAACCACGAAGCAUCUGUUCUACACCAUCCGAAUGGAGGAAGAAUUUAAGAAAGACGGAUGAUGCAGUACUCGGGUCUCCUUCAAAGAUUAUACCCACUGGAACACCAGCAUCGGAAUGGCGACAAAGUCUGACCAAAGCCGAGAGAAACGCACCAAGGGCUUCACACAGAAGUACGCUCUGUAAGUCUUGCAACCCCACAACUUCUAAGCCAUCUACAGUUCAUGGUGGGACAUCUGGAAGAUGUAGCCACAAGGGCAGUGCGUCACAUGUAAUGAGCACGAGCAAUUCUAAUUUUGGGGACCCAUUUACAGAGCCGAGAGUGAGUCUUCGGUCUAUUGAGAAUUCGCUAGCUUGGAAGAGGGCGCAAGAGGAUAUCGAAAGGCAGGCCAGUAUGUAUGCGGCGGAAGAAAGCCCUACAGUUAAACCAAACCCGGCAUUCGAAGAAGAUGAGAAGGAAGAUGGGAGCGUGAGACGAAGCUCCCCAAAAUCUUCUCAUUCUUGCAAUUGGAGAAACAGAUAUGAGGAUCUGCGGGACGAAAUAGUGAAUAGCGAAGCCAUGCUCGGACCGUACGAGUUGGGUGACGUGGCGAUGGGGCAAGAACCUACUCCUGCCAAGACGAGUGCAGCAGAUGAAUUGGGAAUUGAAGGUUUGACAAUUGUUGUGCACAUGAGACACAAGGACGACUUGGUAAUCAAGACGGAUCUCAAUGGACGGGAAUACAGAUCUCAAUGGACGGGAAUACAACGAGAAUGA